AUGGCUCAGAUGAUCAUCCUUGGUGGGUAAUUGAGAAAUCCUGGCUGUUAACAGCCCAUUGAGAAAAUGUGACACGCUGUUUAUCUAUAAUUGCGCGUAUCGAUGUUUCAUUUUUAGGAAUCCUUCACGCAGAAGAGAAAGACUUUAAAACGGCCUAUUCAUACUUUUAUGAGGCUUUCGAGGUCUGUUCUAACUUUUAUUGCACCCGCAUAUAUUUACAACAUGUAAUAACUCAUUUCUGCUGCAUUCACCCUAUGCCGGUCUAAGGGGACGAAUUUAGUAUAGAAUUGGUCGGAAAGGACGAAUUUAGUAUUGGAAUGCCAUCGUAUGCUGGUCGGAAGGGACGAAUUUAGUAUAGAAAUGCCAUCGUUUGCCGGUCGGAGGGGGCGGAUUUAGUAUAGGAAUGCCAUCGUAUGCCUGUUGGAUGGGACGAAUUUAGUAUAGGAAUGCCAUCACAUGCCUAUCGAAAGGGACGAAUUUAGUCUAGGAAUGCCAUCGCAUGCCUAUUGGAUGGGACGAAUUUAGUAUAGGAAUGCCAUCGUAUACCUGUUGGAGGGGACGAAUUUGGUAUAGGAAUGCCAUCGUAUGCCUGUUGGAGGGGACGAAUUUGGUAUAGGAAUGCCAUCGUAUGCCUGUUGGAGGGGACGAAUUUGGUAUAGGAAUGCCAUCGUAUACCUGUUGGAGGGGACGAAUUUGGUAUAGGAAUGCCAUCGUAUGCCUGUUGGAGGGGACGAAUUUGGUAUAGGAAUGCCAUCGUAUGCCUGUUGGAGGGGACGAAUUUGGUAUAGGAAUGCCAUCGUAUGCCUGUUGGAGGGGACAAAUUUAAUAUAGGAAUGCCGUCUUGAAAAUAUUUUUUCUGGUAUAUUCGUCCCCUUUGGCCCUUGCAAGUGAGGAUACAAUAAAACUGCUUAGCUAUCCAAUAGAUCGUUUUGCUAAUACAAACUUUUCCCAGUUCUAUCUCUUCCUGGAGACAAAAGUCGACACAUGACCAACCAACAGGAGACUGGUCAAUUUCCCUCUCAGGGCGACUAGAACUGGUGGAAAUUUACAUUUAUAAGAUCGGAUUUCUCGAUCCGUUCAAUAGGCAAAACCAGAUCACUGGACUCCUUGCACUACAGUACAAUCGUCAUCAUCAUGCCCCUGUUUUACAUAUUUUUCCUCAUGCUUGUUUGUUGUUGUUUUAGGGCUAUGAUUCUCUAGAAAAUGCUAAAGCUCCAGCUGCAUUGAAAUACAUGUUGCUUUGUAAGAUUAUGUUAAACAGGUAAGAAAGAAAAACAUCCCAAGACGCAAAAGUUUUGAAGCUUUUACUGUGGAAGUGAAACGUCAAGAUCAAAUGAAGCCAAGUAGACUGUUUGAUAAGAUUGCAUUAUUUGUAUGAGUUUAGCAUUUGUUGUACUACUGUACAACGUCAUGUGGCAGCCAUAGCCGUUCUAGUAAGCCAACAGACAUGGUCAUGUGUGAACACUAAAUAAAUUAUUUCCCACUGUUUAUUUUUACAUUGAUAUUGCUACCGUAGUCUACAUAGUUUUGGGAUACAAUUGCAAUUUUACUUUUUUAGUCCCGAAGAUGUGCAGUCAAUUAUCAGUGGCAAGCUUGGUCUCAAAUAUUCAGGACCGUCGGUAAGAAUUUUUGAAGCGACCGCAACUGACUUCAUUUAUAAUUUUAUAUACCUCGGCUAUAAAGCGGUUACUGGUAUGUUUUCAACUAUUUCUGUUUGUUUAUUUGUCUGAUAGGAUAUUUUUUGGAAACAGUUUUGUUGCAUUUGAUCCACGGAUGAAUUUUAGGGAUUUAGAAAUUAACACCUGCUUUUGCCUAGUGGUAUAGCGUUGCCCAGUGGUAUACAGUAGAAAAUUGGAUUACGGGACAACCCUGCCGUGUUUGAUGGAGUAAGGACUGGAGAAUUAGGAAGCACAAAUGCGGUUAGCGCGCUGCCAGCACUUUUGCGCAGUACUCGCCUCCUCCGUGACCACCUGUUUUCACUUGAUGUGGUGUACGAAAACUUCGCUCCUGUGCUUGGACAGGUUUUAUUCGGGUAUUCCGGAUUUCCUCCCUCACCAAAGCUAACCCUAAAAUUGAGGAAUUUCUGUUUUAUAUCAUGGCAAAUGAUAAAAAUUUAGAGGUGCCGAAGAAAACACCACUCUUCAAUAUCGAAAAAAGCACUUUAAAACAUUUCUACCGUUCCACAAUUUGUUUUGUAUUAAAGUCCAGGACUGGUAUUCUUCUUGAAUUUGAGCUUUUAGUCCUCGCUUGAACUAUACUAAAACUGGAGAAAAUCGAUGUUUUCAAAGUUGUAUUAUUUUCUCAAUAUUUAUUAACAUCGCGGCUUUGCAUCCGGGAAUGAGAAUUUACAUCUGGGCAACGAGAUUUUAGCCAAUCAGAAAGCGUUACUUGCCCCCAUUAGGAAGCAUUAAUUUGUCACUCGAUUUUCCCGCAAUGCCCUUGCAACGUAUGUUCUUCGUGUACAGUACAGUGUUAACUGUGUACAGUACAAACGACUAAUAAAUACAAAACUAAUACAAAUACUCCAAGACUCUAACAAAUGCCUAAUAAAGAUUUUUAAAUCUUAUUAAAAUCUUAUUAUUAAAUCUUAUUAUUUUUAAAUUUUAUUUUUUAAUUUUUAUUAAUCUUUACUACGUAUGUUUUGAUUGACUGCAGGUUGAGCCAGCGGUAUGUAAUUUUAUAGCAAACGGCUGCAUUACACAGAGGAAAACACAACAGUAACCUUAAAAGGUUACUGUUGUGUUUUCCUCUGUGUAAAGCAGUCGCUUACUAUAAACUUACAUACCGCUGGCUCAACCUGCAGUCAAUCAAAACAUACGUAGUAACUAGAAUAAAACUUCUGAUGACUUGGAUUACUCUGCUCAUCAAAUAUUUGUUUCUUUAGCUUCAGGCGAUGAAAAAGAUUGCCGAUGCCAGCCAUCAGCGUUCGCUUCUUGAGUUUAAAAAGGUAACUUCACCCAUGCAGGCGUCUACAAGUAUUCCGCCCAAAUAUUCCAAAUUUGGAAAUGUAAUUGCGAAUGAAUAGUGCUGAAACGUGAAUAUCACGUGGCAAAACUCACCAUCUUCUAAAUUUUUAUUGGUUAGAUACUAGCAACAUACAAAGAAGAAUUACAAGGAGAUCCAAUUAUCCAAGUAAGUAAACAAAUUCGUCUGUUUGUAAAAACUUGCAGUUGAACAAAGAUCGCAUUUAUGACGAGCAAAUUACAGUAUGCGCAAGCAUCAGAAAUUUCAUACAUCCAAAUCACCUGUAACUCCUUUUAAAUUCCAACUUGGGGCAGAAGCCUGCUAUUCCUGAUCCUUAAUUUUUCUGAAUUUCAACUGUGCGUCAUAUGUAGAAUCAUCUUGGUACCUUAUAUGACAACCUUCUUGAACAAAACCUGUGCCGUAUUGUGGAACCUUUCUCCAAAGUUGAGGUAAGUACAUAGUUCUAUUGUCAUGGGAUGCGGCGAGGAUUGCUACAUAUAUCACUUCCUAACAGUAAACAACAUUCCAAUGAAUAACUUGUUACAUCGCAAGCCUGGUUCACAGUAGCAAUUUUGGUGGUGAUUUUCUCUUCCUGACAAAUGCGAAUGAGUGAACUCGAAGCUAAAAGUAUGGAAUCGCGCUGUCGCUGCAGUAUUUGCAUGUCACUCAUUCAGUCACAUCCACCAGAAGGAGAAAAUUCCCCAACGAACUUCGGAAGCAUGCAGGCUUUACUACUGGUGAUCUUCCGUGGUGUUUCUGACACGUUAGGAGAGAUUCUUAAAACUUGCUCAUGUAGGUUGGUGGCGAUCCAGCAAGCGGAGCUGCGCCAGCCUAUUUUGGAAGGCAUGCCAUGAAAUUGUUGGGUUUAACUGCGUUAACUUUUAUUACGACAUUAUUGCAGGUUGAUCAUGUUUCCAAUCUCAUUAAAUUGGAUAAGGUAAAUAUUCAUGAUACCGGGGAAUGAGCAGUUUGAAGGUAUUUUGUUUUCGUAAGAAUGAUAUUGAUAUUGUAUGAUCAUCUUGUUUUUUUUUUCUAUUUCAGAACAUCGUUGAAAAGAAGUUAUCCCAAAUGAUUUUGGAUACGAAACUACACGGUGAGUGAUUUAACCGACACUAUAAAUUUUAAGUAGAAAUCUUCUCUACCACAAAGCCCCUGUCUGAACUCCCUCAAACCGUAUUAAUUAAAUUCAUAGGAGUUACAAUACACGAUUACCUUUAUCAACAUUUAUUUCAACGGGUUACUAUAUGUCGUCGUACAUUCAUUGGUCGACUUUUAUAAGGCCAAAACUAGUCGUUUAUCAAUAGACCUUUAUCACGAUUUUUGAGUCCAUUUUGGCGCACUGUAAUUUCCAGAAAUAAAAAGAGCAAGUCGAACAAACACAACAGGACACAAAAUUUGAAAGCUAUGUUUUAAAAACUGUGGCACUAGCGUUUUCUAGCAACAAUAAAUUCAAUAGGGGAAGCGUGGGAAUUUUGCAUUGAACGGCACAUCAGUCCUCACUGCUAUGCAAAAAAGUUCCUUAUCUUUUCAAAUAAAAUUUCAAAGUUUAUAUUGUUCUUAAAAAUAGCGCUAGUACCAGUCACAGUUUUAAAAUAUAGCCUCCAAUGUUUUUGUACUUACUAAUUUUGAGCUGUUCUUUCGUUUCUGGUAUUUAUUGAGUACUAAUAUCAGAUUUUAAAUCGUUUACUGUGUGAGGGAUAGGGAUUUUUUUCUGCAGAUACUGUAUGUAUAGAGUUCAAUGCCUGAAGCCUGAAAUUUCUUUUACCUUCACAGGAAUUCUUGACCAAGGUGCUGGCGUUUUGAUAAUCUUUGACCAUUCCCCUGUGGAUAAAACAUACGAGAAUAGCUUGGAGAUCAUUCAUAGUAUGAGUAAAGUAAUGGAUGCUUUGUAUCAUAAGAGUAAGAAAUUAUCAUAGACCGUUAAGCAAAGGACACUUUCAGGCUGAUCCUGUAACUAUUCUAUUAGUCGUGUGGAAUUACUCCUUUUAUCUAAAUAUAAGUAUUCAUUUCUUCUUGUGCUGUUUUAAUUUUCCUUCAGCCAGAAUAAGAUUCGUAUAGAACAUGAUGUAACAAUUUGCAAGACGAUUAGAGGAAGAAACUACUGCAUGCCCAGUAAUUUAAUUGGAUUUGUAGUGCAGUAUUUCGUUUGGUCCAGUCGCCUUAGAAAAAGAUUGUGCCUAGAUUUACUAAAGUCGAGCACCCCUUCGGAAAUUCGUUCAUUAAGCCGUCUGCUAGCGAGUUUCAGAAGGGCCCAAAAAAUGAAAUCAGGAGGGGGGGAGAUGCCGCCAGCAAGGUGAGGCGUUAAUAGAUGCUAAAAUAUACCAAUUGGCGGAGUAAAUUAUUAUUACCAAAAUGAAUUACUGUAAUAUUAUUUGAUCCAUGUUAACAAAAGCUAUCAAUCAUCCAAUAUUUAAAGAGGCUGUCAAGUCCGUUCUGCUCAUGCGCGUGUUUUGUUUACAUUUUUUGUGAUAAUUUAAUUAAAAUUCCGACCUGUGGGUCUCCAAGUUAGCUCAUUAUGCAUUCAGAAUAUAUCACGAAGGAGAAAUUGAACUUCUGAAGCAAAAAUUUAGCCCCAAAACAACAAAUUUUAGAUCGAAAACGCUAAGAAGCACUUCUUAAAGAGGUAUGGACAAAAUUUGAUUGAAAUUUGUACACAUUUAGCUCCAAAAUGAC